GGAAGUGCAGUUUGCGGUUACAGUGAAUUGAAAGUACGCCAUAAAUAUGGCGCCAAAAGAGUUUUCAAGCUGAUGAUAAGAGCUGAUUUUUCUCUGUGUUGUCUUUUUUUUUCCUGGGGGGUGGGGGAAUAGGUAGCAAGACAAGACCCGUCUGUGCAUUUGUGCAGAGAGCGGUGUGUGCACGUCCACCGGUAGACGAGUGGAAGCGAGGCAAGGCAGCAAGUGAAGAGCUCAAUUAUUUUUGAAGGAGGGACGUUGCGAAACUGGCUUGCAAUCUUUUCUGACUCAUCGUUUGGAAAUAAAGAAUCCUUUUCUUUUUUUUUCUUCUUCUUUUUACUCCUCCUCUUGCUUCUCCGUCCCUUCCUCCUAUAAUACCGCUGGCACCCGAGAGGAAAACAUCGUCGGGGUUUGACACCACGUUUAGGCUGCUUUUGCAAAAUGCGACAUGCUUUCCUGUGAGCGGUAUGUUGUGCGCACCUCGCAGCCUGCUAACCCGUGAACAGCAGCAGGACCAGCGGCGGCACCUCUGUGUUUGUUGUUGUUGACUUGUAAAGGCAGCAACAACUCAGCCUGGCAGCCGCUUUUGGAUUUUUAUUUCGGAUUUGGACUCGGUGGCCGGUCUUCGCAGUGCUGACGCGCUGUCAACACGCACCGUGAAGGGGAAGGGAAGGGAAGGGACAGUCCUGUCACCCAACGUGGAUUGUGAUCCGGGGCUGUUAAGCGGCACUGCUAGUAGCCUGCCAGGGCACUGAGUGGGCAAACCGAACUACUGCUAAACCCUCCGCUGUAAAACUACAUGUGCCUGGCUCCCAAUGAUCUCCUAAUCUCUGGGAAUCGCUCGCCGUCCGGGACUGUGGACGUCUCUGCAUCCGACGCUGACUGCGAUCAAGAUGGAGAGCGAAACGAAGAGGAGAAAAUACUCCACGAGCAGCAACGACUCUGACACCACCGACAGUCAGGUAAUGUCGUGGUCCAGGUCAUCCAAGAACACAGGCACCAGCAGCACAUGGGUCCGCCACCAGCACAAGAAACCGUCAGAGGUAUUUCGUACCGACUUCAUCACGGCCAUGAAGCUGCCAGACUCGGCCCAGCUCGGCCCGGACGACUUCUACGUGCUUUCGGACCCUUGGAGACAAGAGUGGGAGAAGGGAGUGCAAGUCCCUGCAAGCCUGGAGGCCAUACCAGAGCCUGUGGUCAGGUUGCUCCCGACUGAGUCGACAGGUGGCCUUUCCAACAACAGGCAGGAGAGGGAGAGUAACACCCAGCCUCCUCCCACCCAGCGCUACAGCUGCUACGACCUGGAUGACAUGGACGUUGCUUGGCUGGAGCUGGUCAACCACGAGUUCAGACAGAUGGCACUACCAGAGCUGGACGAGCUGACGAUGGAGUGUGUUUUGGUCGAGCUGGAGAGCGUGUGCGAGGAGAAGAUGCGGCAGGCCAUCGAGACGGAAGAAGGCCUGGGCAUCGAGUACGACGAGGAUGUGGUGUGUGACGUCUGCCGCUCGCCAGAGGGAGAGGACAGCAACGAGAUGGUCUUCUGUGACAAAUGCAACGUUUGUGUUCAUCAGGCGUGUUAUGGCAUCCUGAAGGUACCCCAGGGGAACUGGCUGUGUCGGACCUGCGCUCUAGGCGUCCAGCCCAAAUGUCUGCUCUGCCCUAAGAGAGGGGGGGCCCUCAAACCCACCCGCAGUGGAACCAAGUGGGUCCACGUCAGCUGUGCCUUAUGGAUCCCUGAGGUGAGUAUAGGCUGUCCAGAGAAGAUGGAGCCCAUUACCAAGGUGUCCCACAUCCCCGCCAGCCGCUGGGCUCUGUCCUGCAGCCUGUGUCGAGAACACACAGGAACUUGCAUACAGUGCUGCAUGCCCUCCUGUAUCGUGGCCUUCCAUGUGACGUGCGCCUUUGACCACGGCCUGGAGAUGAGGACCCUCCUGGCAGAGAAUGACGAGGUGCGCUUCAAGUCCUUCUGUCUAGAUCACAGCUGCACCGCCAGCAACAGCAGUGCAACCACCACUAACUUCUCCACUUUGACAAGUGUGAGCAUUGGCAGCCACACCACUACGUCAUCCACCAGUGGAGCACACGCCACAGCCAGUGGAGCACACGCCACAGCAAGACCUGACUGGACUACUACCGGUGUAAGUUCUGAGCUCCGGCCGGACCAUCAGCACCAGCCAAACAUCUGCAGUGAUCAGGAGCAGAGGUCGGUAUUGUACCCAAUUUCAGUGUCAGCAUCAGAGCGAGCUGAGCGGGACCAGCUGGAGAGAGAGAAAGUGAGCCAGAGGAAACAGAAGCUCCAGGAGCUGGAGGAUGAGUUUUACCAACUGGUGGACCCCAGGGAGGUAGCCGAAAACUUGGGGCUGCCCUUUUCCCAGGUGGACUUCUUAUAUCAGUUCUGGAAGAUGAAGAGGAAGGCCAACUUUAAUCGACCUCUGGUCACCUUAAAGAGAGACGAGGUGGACAACCUGGCCCAGCAGGAGCAGGACGUCCUCUACAGACGCCUCAAACUCUUCACACACCUCCGGCAAGACCUAGAGAGGGUGCGUAACCUGUGCUACAUGGUGACACGGAGGGAGAAAAUGAAACACACCCUGUGCGACCUCCAGGAAAAGAUCUUCCACCUGCAGUUACAACUACUAGAAGAGGACAUUGCUGGAGAUAAAACCAAGAAGGGAGAAAAGAGGAAGCAGAAUGGAGUGAAGGAGAAAGGGAAGGAAAGGAGAAAAAGUAGUCCUGAGAAGAAAAAGGAGAGAUUGAAGCCAGAGAACGCCUCCCUGCUAAAAGAGCUAGGUUUGUCAAAGUCCUUCCCGUUGGACAACUCUUUGUUCGACAGCUGGCUCGCCCAGUCGGUUCAGAUCACCGCUGAUGACAUGCUGAGCCAGUGGGCUCUGGGUGCCCAGCAUCGCGACAAGAGCGGUAGCCUGCUCUCCGACCAGCUCCUGCAAGGCGAGGAAAGCCUGCUAAACCUGAUGAUGGAGAAUUCCAUGCAGUCCACCUGGAAAACACCCCAGCUGGGCCGCAGAACGCGAGGGAGCAACAAGCCCCGUUCUCGUAGUAACCCGCAAUCCACCACCCUGCCGCAGGUGCUGCUGUCUGCAGCAGCUGCCUCCGCCGCCAGCAGCCCCUCCCCUGCAAAGAGCCUCUGGGCAAGUGUGGCGGAGGAAAAGCCCACUUAUGUGGGCCAGAAAGGGGAAAGGUCCAGGGGAUCCUCCAAGGCCUUGCACCACCACUACCUUCAUCACCACCAGACAAGAAGCUCUGACCUGCACAGGGAACCGCCACCGCAGCCACCAAUCUCCAAAAUGGAUUCCUGUCACAUCUCAGAGGACCGCGGCCCUUGGGACAGCAUCUACACAGGGAAUGGUGUUGCAUCUGGUUUCACUGCAGGCUCAUCCCCACGUCCGGCCUCCAGCCCUGGGGUCACGUUGCCCGACACAGGGGCAACCAUUCGUGGCAGGGGUCUGCGGCUCCGUCUGUCCCGCCAUGGUAAAUCCAGAGGUAGGGGUGUUAGUGGAGGUGGAGGCAUAGCAGGGCUGGAGACUGUUGGCCUGCCACUCACAGGAAAGGACAUCUCCCUGCUGGACGCUGCCGAGACUGACGGGUACUUCUCUGAUGGCGAGCAGAGUGAUUCGGACACACGCUCUGGCAGACGCAAACUCCGCUUGCCGCAGUUGCAUUCUGGGAACGAGGACCUGCUGAGAAGGAGCGUGCUGGCAUCCUAAAGAACUGAAACUCAAACCAACACACACAUAUACACACCGUUAUCCAAGCAGAGUUCCGCUGGCUAAUUGUUUCUCCAUCUGUGCCCAAUAUACAGUCCACAUAACAUAGCUGGAUGGCUUUGUUUAACCCAAUCCCUGUCACAUUUACUAGUGGAAAAUCUCUUCAGCUCUCACCUGCUUUCUUUUGGGGGGGACUUGAAUGUAGCUGAUGCCCUGUUGUACAGUAAAGCCUCUCCUCUGGACAAUAGUUUUUCGUUAGCUUACCACAAGAUGCGAUACAUUCAGCAAAUAGGAAACAAACAUUAACUUUAGUGUUUUUUUUGUUUUGUAUUUCAGAUUCAUUUUGUUUUGGGGCGUUGAAGUACCUAUUUCUGGCCUCAUGUCUGUGGUCUCUGCCAGACUUGGGGACAAAUACUUCGUGGCAUUAUUAUUAUUCAAGCUGGUUUCAGGGUCUGCUUCGCUCUUGGUCUUUAUAGCCUGAGAUGCAUCCAAUGAGUCCUUGUUUUCUUGAAUAUGUUAAGUGGAAAGACAAUUUCACACCGGAGCUGGUCUGAAUAUGUACUAAGGGGGACAUGGGAUAACAUGUAUUCAGCCUUGAAAAGCACAACUAGCUAGUCAUAAGAGCUGUAAUGUAAGCACUCGUGUGCAUAAUAGAUGCUCAUUCAGGGUUGGGGUCAAUUCUCAUCAUGUUAACUCAGUUCCACAUUGUAUACACAAAAACCGUCAUUCCCAAAUCUUCACAGACUAAAAAAAGCAGAUUUCCAGCUUUUCCACUUUUGUGACCCCAACCCUGGUGAACAUUCAGAUUGUCACUCAGAGACACAAACACACAUAUACUGACACACAUAUUACUAUAAGCAAAUCCCUUUGCUCUCAUCACAGCUGUUGAAAUAUUUGAUCUUUUGUCAGAUGCUUUCAAAUUCUGAGCUCAGUAUUUUUUUUUCUACCCUUAACCUUUGGAGAAAAAUCAUCGUAGAAACUCUGUGCCUUCUGUCGCUUGCC